CAGAUUUGACUAAUCAUCACCCCCCGAGCCUGCAAACUCAGCACGACGAUCGCGUCUCGAUCUUCAGAGGAUAAGACCCUCGAAAAUCAAUAAAGGGCUUGAUCGCUGUGCAAGGAGUCACAAUGGCGUCUUCUUCUUCUUCUGAUACAUGGAUGAGAGAGUACAACGAGGCUUUAAAACUCUCUGAGGAUAUAAACGGCAUGAUGUCCGAAAGAAACUCCUCUGCUUUAACCGGACCUGAUGCUCAACGCCGUGCUUCAGCUAUACGAAGAAAGAUCACCAUUUUGGGGACUCGAUUAGACAGUCUUCAAUCCCUUCUCGUUAAAGUUCCUGGGAAGCAACAUGUGUCAGAGAAAGAGAUGAAUCGUCGCAAGGAUAUGGUUGGGAACUUGAGAUCAAAGGCGAAUCAGGUGGCGUCUGCUUUGAACAUGUCGAACUUUGCUAAUAGAGACAGCUUGCUUGGGCCAGAUACAAAGCCUGAUGAUGCAAUCAACAGAGUCUCUGGCAUGGAUAACCAAGGCAUUGUUGGAUUCCAACGACAAACUAUGAGAGAACAAGACGAAGGGCUGGAGAAGUUGGAGGAAACUGUCAUGAGUACCAAACACAUUGCUCUCGCUGUUAACGAGGAGCUCACCCUGCAGACCAGACUUAUCGAUGACUUAGACUACCAUGUGGAUGUUACGGACUCCCGCUUACGGCGUGUGCAGAAGAGCCUUGUGGUGAUGAACAAGAAUAUGAAAGGAGGUUGCUCAUGCAUGUCCAUGCUCUUGUCAGUGCUCGGAAUCGUUGGUCUUGCCCUUGUCAUUUGGCUACUGGUUAAGUACCUGUAAUGCCACCAAUAUGAUGAAUCAAAUUCUAUCUUGGUCUUUCAGCCUCUCUCGUCUAUGCGUAUGGUUAUAAUGUCUUAUGUGUACAUCGCUGCGUGCAAGAACCCUUCAAAAAGUAUAUAAUCAAAGUUGUAUUUUGUGUGUAUUAUAUGACUCCUACUUGGUUCACGAAAAGACUGUAUCACAAGUUCUUUGUUCUUGUUUGGAUUAUAUUUGUUUUUUUUUU